GUUGCAGCGUGUCGGCAUUCGCCGAAGGCACGCACUCUAUUGCAUCCCAAUCCUCAGAUCGUCUUGUCCGCCACCAGACUCGAGUAUUGCUUUCGCACCACCCCCUCUACGACCCGAAUACCUGAACUUGACAAGAAAUCCUCGCAAAGAUGUCCGGUCGUCAGCAGCGUGUGAUGGUUCAGCCCAUCAAUGUCAUCUUCAAAAACCUGCAACAGCGAACAAAAAUUGUGAUUUGGCUGUACGAUAAUGUCGACAUGCGUAUUGAGGGGAGAAUCAUUGGUUUCGAUGAGUUCAUGAAUGUUGUCGUGGAUGAGGCCGCUGAAGUAUACGUGAAGGAUGCGAAGCCACGAAGGGAACUAGGCCGUAUAUUGCUCAAGGGCGAUAACAUCACUCUCAUCCAACCAGUGGUAUAGUGACUUCUUGCGCAUGGGCCGAUGUUGUAUACAAAAGCACCCAAUCGUAAGUCUUGUAUGGGUGCAGAGACCGCUUGGGUGGCCGGGCCUGCAUACGGAGUGUAUGUAUAGUGUAUCAUAAAAUCACGAUGCUACAAGUUGUAGAUAGGGAGCAAAGACGUCAACUUCAGGGACUGGCGACAGAGGGGACACUCGGCCUAGCCUGUGUCAGCUCGUUUGCUUCCAGUACAAUGCCAACACGCACCUUCUCCCUGCCCCAGCCUACGAUGCAAUCCCAGCAGAACAGAUGCCCGCAUUCCGUAGACGUCGUCGCUGUCCGUUCGUCCAGACAAAGUGAGCAAUUCCGACUUCCCCGUGCAACAGGCGGUAUCUGGGAGAA